AUGCUUCUGAUCAAGAAAGAUUCAAUCACGGCAUUACAAUCACAAGCUUCCCACAAAUUAUCAUCUAAAGAAACGAAUUUGAACGAUGAUUUACAUGAACCAGCAUUCUCCAGUAGAAUUUUCUGUUCUUUGUGGAUCAUACCGUGUUUCUGCUGCCGCCCAUCCAACGGCGCCUUCGUAUGGGAGCGGAUUCCGACGGCGGAUAACGAAAGAGAGGCAGCGCAGGAAAGUAGUUGGUGGAGGAAAGGUAUGAAAGCAUUCAAGAAAACGAGGGAAUGGUCGGAGCUUGUGGCCAGUCCGAAGUGGAAGACAUUUAUUCGCCGGGGAAAUUCAAUUACGACCCAGUGA